AUGUUCCGAAUGAGACAACGGCUCUUUCUGUUUCAGAUACCCUUUCGUGCCAGCCAUUCUCUUUGCCAAAGCGAUGCCAACAACGUAAAUGUUCGCCAUGUGAGAUUCAAACGACCUUGGUUUAAAAAAUUUGUUACCACAUGUCUGAUAUAUGGGACCGCAUUUCAUAUAUGGGGUUCUUUUGUCCUCGGGGAAUACGAUAAGAUGCUUGAAACCGCAUCAGAUGAGGCUCUUCCUGAGAAAGGCUUUCCAGAAAAGAAUGUUAUGGCCACUGAACGAACUGUCCGCCGUCGGGAGGAAGUUGCAGCCUCAGAUCCUUUUUUCAUUCCUCUGGGUUGGCCGCGUCUGCGCGAAGGCAAGUUCUAUUCCUCGUUGGACCCGGAGUGGAGAGAAUUCGUUCGUAUCUCUCGGGAUAGCAAGAAGCUUGAGUCGCUGAAAGAUACCGGUGAUUGCAUCCAAAAAUGCAUGAAGCCUCUCUUUGUGGCACUUGCUGCAAGAGACGCAUACCUUGUCUUAAUGAAAAGGCAACUUUCACGCAUGGGUUUCGAGGUGUCUGAUAAAAUUCAAUUCGGUACUGAUUCACUGGUCAUGCCACCAUCCGGGACCGUGUUUACAGGGCUCGAGCCCCACGAGAAAGUAACACAGCAAAACCAACCAUGGUUGAAUCCCUCGUCAGUACUAUCCUCCCUUCGAUGGCUACCACUGCCGAAAUUAGGUCCCGAGUCGGAUUUACGUGCGGCUGCAGUAGCUUUCAAAUGGCGGUUGAAUGAUUGCUGGGCUCGCGAGUUGCGCACCCCCCGCCCCGGCACCUUCUUAAUUGUCGGUCCAGUUGGUGUCAAAGGCCCCAAAGGAUUCUGUAGGAUUGAGGUACGGGGCGAAUACGAUCCGUUGACUUCUCGAUGGACGCAUGUCUCUAUGCAACUCAAAGACUUGAAUGUAUUCAAGCAGAGAGCUCUUGGUAACCGAUGA